GCGUUGUUCAAGCUGCCGGCCCGAAGUUUCCCCAAUGACCGUGCUGCGUCUUCGUCCGCAGACCUAGCACGGCCGUCGGUCUCGGACCGGCAAGAAGCAAACGGAUUUCGCUUAAUACCGCCUGUGACGACGUACGAGCCUCAAUGGAGCCAGCCUCGUAUUGAAGGACGCAGGCUGGCGGGGACAGCGCUCAUUACGGAUAACUAUCAAGUAGACCGCGGUGCACAACCGUUGUCUCCACAAAGCCAUGACAGCGCACAGGUGUACUGCCGGGGCCGAGCUGCACUGGAAGCCGUUCAAUCAAAGGCUGCAGGUAGAUUGAUGCAGCGCCCUGGAAACGCGCGAGCUCAAACGCACCAUACGCCCGGUGUAAAUGUAAACGCUACUACGCCAAUGCAAGGCGCUGGUCACGACCGUGGCCUAAAAGGAAACGACGCUUCUUCGCAUCCGCGGCAUCGCUCCGCCAGCAGAAGGAGGCGGAUGCGCACGGUGUCAAAAGCAAGCUCUCGUGACAAAGGGCCGAGUGGAAAAGGGACAAACACUGCUCGGUCCGUGGCGGUUGUCCACGAGCAGGGGAGGCCGAGGUCGCCCCAACACGUUGGCAAUGAAAGAGGCGUCGCGUCGCUGUGGGAUGGUU